UAUGACCGCGUCCAUCGAGCCGUGACGAUCAACCAGUCAAAAACGUCGUUACAAAACGUACAUGGCAAUCCUAGCUCGCCUUCGAUUGCACACACAGUCGGGAGUUUCGUUUCGUUUCGUAUACACUGCUCACAUGUUUCCCACAUACACACCUGGUUUAAACCACACUAAUUAAGGAUUUGGUUAAUUACUUCAAAGGACAAACAUCUAAACAAAGACAUGGAAUAUACGAAAAUACUCAUGGAAAUUAUUAUAUUUACUCUUCUUCCGCAAGGUGUUUGGUGUUAUGACAAGGCUCUUCUGGGGAUAAUCGCUUCCUCUGUCGUAGCCGGUGUCUUCUUCAUCCUCAUCGUCGUCAUGGCGAUCAUGGUCACAAUUUGGGAGGACAUUGAGAUAGCUAAAGGGAAGGUUAAGAUUCCUCGACAUAGGUACAACCGUUUCAGAGGCCACACUCCGGACAGUUCGGCCUCCACUGACCACAGUAUAGAGAUGACCGCUGUGCCCAUUUGGGCCGGAAUUCCACCACCAGCAUGGAGAGAGGCAGAACCAAUUCAAAUCCCUAGUGACCACAGCCAUACAGAGGAUCAAGUGGAAAGAGAAUUCUAUUUUACACAAAUAAUGCCAGCUGGGCCAAAUUCGGAUCCUGCGGUGAUUAUAUCGGAAUCUAAUGACGAUCACAGCCACCAGACCGGAUAUGAUUAUCAAGGGACCUCGAACCGGACUUCAAGUUCAACAAACAGGCUAUCUGCAUCCUCAAAUCGUUUUUCUGGUUCAACUCAUCGGGUGUCCGGCACAACUGGGAACACCACACUCCCAUCUAGUGCCCGAAACAGUCACAGAGCCCACUCAGCUGUGCGGUUGUCGAGUUCAAAUUUGUCUCGUUCGCAUUCGGAAGUAAUUUUGGUUCCCGGAGGUGAAAUGACCAUGGAUAGUCAUCGCGCUGGAUCAAUAGCAACCCUGGACCGUAUGACGGAAACAGACGAAAAAGUCACGUCAUUCUGAUGAGGAAGUUCUUCCAGAAAAUACGAUGGCACACAUUUUGUCUCUUGUUCCUUCACAUAGCAGAACAGUGCUCCGAAACAAUAUAUAUAUAUAUAACUAAUUGCUUUCAAUAAACAUAAAGAAAAGAACAUUUUUUUAGUCCGUUGCUUCAGUUUUUUCUAUGGAAGUUAUAAUCCGGUUACUAAUUGAUGCUGAGUUUUAUCAAUCGGAACACAGUACAAGUAUGGAAAACGAUUUGAUCGAAAUAAAUAAACAUCUCAGUAUUUAUGAAGAAAGAAGUUCAGAUUCGAACAACGAACAUCCAGAAAUCUAAUUUCCGGAUUGUAGAGUUUUCCACUAUUUUUCGGAUCUGAUGAGAUGUAUAUUCAUAGUUCAUUGUAUCGUGCUUGUGACAAUCCCUUGCUUAAAUUGAGAUGUCAUCCUACUGGUUCUGUUUACCUAAAUGAUAAUCAGUGCU